AUGUCGCGUUGCAGAUACUUGAAGGAAUUCCGAGUGGAGCAGUGUCCAUCAUUCCUACAGCAUAAAUGUACACAACACAGGCCUUUCACAUGUUUUCACUGGCAUUUCAACAAUCAGAGAAGAAGGCGUCCAGUCAGGAAAAGAGAUGGAUCAUUUAAUUAUAGCGCUGAUAACUAUUGUGCCAAAUAUAACGAGACGUCGGGAAUUUGCGAAGAUGGGGAUGAGUGUCCAUACUUACAUAGAACAGCGGGUGACACGGAGCGUCGCUACCACCUGCGAUAUUACAAGACCUGCAUGUGCGUCCACGACACUGACGCCCGUGGGUUGUGCACAAAAAAUGGGGCGCACUGCGCUUUCGCCCACGGUGCACCGGACCUACGGCCUCCGGUGCUCGACGUCAGGGAGCUUCAGGCCUUAGAGAACCCGGAUGGCGCCGACGGCGACGCCGCCGCACCAAACGCGCUUGACCGGGAACGCAAUUUGAUGAACGAAGACCCAAAGUGGCAAGAUACGAAUUAUGUGCUAUCAUCAUAUAAAACAGAGCCAUGUAAAAGACCACCUAGAUUAUGUAGACAAGGGUAUGCUUGCCCACAGUAUCACAAUAGUAAAGACAAGCGCAGAUCACCGCGCAAGUACAAGUACCGCAGCACGCCGUGCCCCAACGUGAAGCACGGCGAGGAGUGGGGCGAGCCGAGCAACUGCGAGGCGGGCGACGCGUGCGGCUACUGCCACACGCGCACCGAGCAGCAGUUCCACCCGGAGAUCUACAAGUCGACAAAGUGCAACGACGUGCAGCAGGCCGGCUACUGCCCGAGGGGGCUGUUCUGCGCGUUCGCCCACGUGGAACCGGAAGAUCUGACCGCGGGCCGCGACCUGAGUGCACCGCUCGAGUGCACCACCAACCUGGCGGAGCUGCUGUCCUCCGCCAUGCCCGAGAAGCGCGCUCCCUCGCCGGCGCCCCACGCCCACACCAACGGCGACGAGUGCGCCUCCACGUCGAGCGGCGGCUCCGCCCCGCCCCGCGCCUACGACGACAAGUUCGCCUGGCACCCGAGGAGCACCUUCGACGCGACGGUCCUCCAAGAAGUGGUGGGCAACGCGCUCGACGACCUGCACCUCGACGACCCGCUCAAUCUGGUCGCGUCGCUGGACCGCGACCUCUCCGACGGCGAGGGGCUGCUCGGCGGCUCCGCGCCCGUCAACAUCCCGCGGCCGGCGCUGCGCGGCUUCAGCCCGCCCACGGGCGGCUCGCCCCUGCCGCCCUUCCUCCGCUACGCGUCCAACGAGGAGCGCCUGUUCAACACGCACAUGAAGGCGGGCAGCUUCGGCGCGGCGGGCGCGGGGCCGUUCGAGCUGCUGGCCGCCUCGCCGUCCGCGCCGGUCGAGCUGUCGCGGCUUCGCGAGGAGGUGGUGGCGUCGCGCGCGGCCGCCGCCCGCUGGGAUGAGCGCAUCGCUCAGGCGCGCUCCGCCUGCGAGGCGUGGCAGCGCGAGUCGGACGAGGCGCAGCGCAAGACGGCGCUGGCGGAGCGCCAGAGGGACGAGGCGCUCGCGCACGUGAUCACGCUGCGGCGCGAGCUGGACGCGGCGCGCGCCUCCAGCGGCCGCCGCGAGCUGCGCGGGCUGCCCCUCAACACGCUGAAGGCCAUGCAGGCGCAGACGCGCGCCGAGCUGGAGGAGAUCGAGAAGGUACUGUACCUGGAGACGGCCACCAAGUGCAUGGUGUGCGAGGAGCAGCCGCGCAGCGUCACCCUGGCGCCGUGCAACCAUUACGUGCUGUGCGACGGGUGCGCCGCAACCGCCAAGGAGUGCCCUUAUUGCCAGACGCCCGUGCAGCACCACCAA